AAUUAAAACAAAGAACAUAUAUAUUUAAUACACAAUUAAAAAAAGUAAAAAAAAAACAUAAUAUUUAACAAAAAUUUGAUUUUAAAUAGCAAAAGUCACCGAGGGCACGGUGGAGGUAAAAUAUCAUGAUACGGAGAAAUUUGAAAUUACUAGUAUUUUGAAAUUUGAACUCCAAUUUACAUGCUGCUGUAUUCAGUUUCCAAUCCGCAAUUAAGAAAGCACAAUAGUACAAUACUCUUUCCUUAUUGGAAGGACGGAAGGUAGAGGAGGAAACUGAAACGAAACUGUUGUUGUGGAAUUUGAAAAGUAACUGAUCUCUUUACCGUACAAUAAUAACAAUAAUUAUUGACCAUAUAUUUUCCAAGUCUUUUCAACUUACUUCGCCAAGAAGGAAAGAAAGGAAAGGAGUCUCUCUCUUUGUCUUCCCAAUAAUAAGUAAAGCAAGUAGCAACAACACUCACUUUUCUUCUGCUUCCCUCUUUCUAACGUGUAUGUGCUUCUUCACUAGUACUAGUUACUUCUGAUCCUGUGAUUUUGAUAAUGGCUGCUACACCAAAAGAACAUGUUGAAGAGAUACGAAGCAACAAAUUCUCCAUUGGCGGCAAACCCAACCCUUUAACUGAGGAUCUUCACCAGGCUGUCAAGAAUCUCUCUGCUGAACUUUAUGCUAAAGAUGUGCAUUUCCUCAUGGAACUUAUUCAGAAUGCUGAAGAUAACCAGUACCCUGAGGGAGUGAGUCCAGCCCUUGAAUUCAUAAUAACUUCGGAGGACAUUACAGAUAGUGGUGCUCCUGCCACAUUGUUGAUUUUUAACAAUGAGAAGGGUUUCUCUCCAAGAAACAUCGAAUCUGUUUGCAGUGUUGGACGGUCCACGAAGAAAGACAGUAGGAGCAGUGGUUACAUAGGCGAGAAAGGAAUUGGUUUCAAGAGUGUAUUUUUGGUUACUGCUCAGCCUUACAUAUUUAGCAAUGGAUAUCAGAUAAGGUUCAAUGAGAAGCCUUGUCCACAUUGCUGUCUUGGUUAUGUAGUUCCUGAAUGGGUUGAGGAGAAGCCAACACUUCAAGACAUAAGACAGAUAUAUGGCAAAGAUUCCCUUCCAACCACGACCAUCGUGUUGCCUCUGAAGUCGGAUAAAGUCAAUGCUGUGAAGCAGCAACUCUCCAGCAUUCAUCCAGAAGUUCUAUUAUUCCUUUCAAAAAUCAGACAACUCUCUGUCAGGGAACACAAUAAGAAUCCUAAACUGAAUACGGUUGCUGCUGUCUCUAUUUCAAGUGAGAUUAACUUCAUGACGAGGAAGAAUAUGAAUGCUGAGUCUUACACGCUUCAUCUUUCCGCGGAGGAAAGUUCUAAUUCUGGAAAGGAAUGCAGCUACUACAUGUGGAAGCAAAAGUUUCCUGUGAGGGUGGAAAAUGUAGUGGAAAGGAGAACGGGCGUGGAGGAAUGGGUUAUAACGCUAGCCUUCCCGAAUCAGGAGAGGCUUCACAGGGGAUUGAGCUCACCAGGAGUGUAUGCCUUUCUUCCUACAGAGAUGGCCACUAAUUUCCCUUUCAUAAUUCAAGCAGAUUUUGUUCUUGCUUCGUCACGCGAAACAAUUCUCAUGGAUGAUAAGUGGAACCAAGGUAUACUUGAAUGCAUUCCAACGGCUUUUAUGGAUGCAUUUAAAACACUUGUAAUAGGUUCAGAUGAAGCUCCCGUUUCCAGUUUGACUCAGAUGUUCAGAUUCCUUCCUAUUGAGAGUUCUCCAUAUGAGAAGUUAAACCAUGUCAGAGACAAAAUCAAAGCAAAACUUCUUGAAGAAGCCAUUGUUCCUAUUGAGACAUACACUGAGCAGAAGCACUUUUACACGCCUCGCGAAGUUGGCAGGUUACUUCCUGAAUUCUGGAAUAUUUUGAGUAAGGCUCGAUCGGAACGAGUGUACUUGCUUGACCUGUCUUCUCAUGAUGGGAGGAAAAUCUUGAGUUCUGCUUUUGACAGAAGCGAGUAUGACCGCGUACUCAAUUUUUUAGAGGUGAAACCAGUCAAUGUUGAUUGGUAUGCAAAGUGCAUCCAGAGCUCUAAUCUUGUAGAUGGAGUGUCAGAAGAUGUUUAUCUGGAGCUUCUGUUGUUUGUUACUGAAAACUGGUUAACAAUGUUUAAGGACUCCAAGAUGGCGAGAGUUCCUUUGAUUAAAUAUGUUGGUCCUGAUGGUAGUCUGUCCCAUUUCAGUUUUUAUGAUUGCACACAGGGUUCAAAGCAAGUAGUCCUAGCAGAUUCAAGAGAUUCAAGUGAGUCAUGUCCUUGCUCGUGGCUGAUUGAUUGGAACAAGGAAUUCGCAUGUUCAUCCAACAAGUUUUUUAUGCCAGAAAGCACACAGGAGGCUAUCUUGCAAUUUUCUCAGAAGCGGACUUUGUUGGAAUUGCUAGAAAAUCAAGUUCAUGUUAAGACUUUGAAACUGUACACUUUUGCAAAUGGCCUUUGCAGUUCUAUUAAAAAUAACCGCAAGCGUGCCAUUGCAUAUGCUCAUUUCUUGUAUCACUCAUUCAAUAAACACUACUUGUCGAGUCGGCAGGUCGAUGAUCUAUGUGGUUCUAUGCCACUUGUGGAUAAGGAUGGAUCUGUGACUGAAUGCAGGAAAGGGGUUCUUGUACCUUCAGAGGGGAGCAAAUGGGUAGACUUGAUUGUCACUAAUCCAUGGAGAAGCGAAAACUAUGUUGAGCUGGGAAAUGAGUACUUGCGUUCUUCUCAUUAUGCAGGUAAAUAUACAGGCCCUGGGAAACUGAUUGAAUUCCUAAAAAAGCAUGCUGAUGCUUCUGACAUACCCUACAUUUCUCCUCCUAAUGCUGGAUUAUCUGCCGUAGAGACGCCCCUAAAGGAAUAUAAUGCCUUUUUGCUUUUGGAUUGGAUUCGAAACCUGAAGUCUAGAGGAGUGCAGCUGCCAGAAAGGUUCUUGAAAUGUAUAAAAGAAGGGAGCUGGCUUAGAGUUACAGCCUAUGGAUUCAGGCCUCCUUCCAAGUCGUUCUUAAUUCGCUCAUCAUCAUCAUUGGGACAGCUUCUGCAAACUGGUUCCGUUCUUGUUGACCUUCCACUGAUCGAUGAGAGCUUCUAUGGGGAAAGAUUAAAAGGUUAUGACGAGGAGUUGAAAACAGUUGGGGUAAUGUUCAGUUACGACGAAGCAUGUGAAUUCAUUGGAAAGGAACUAAUGACUCGUGCAACUUCUUUCAAUUUAAGUAAGAGUCAUGUACUUUUGAUGCUCAAGUUUAUUCAGUAUCUCAGGAAAAGUUUACUUCCUCUAGAAAAAUUUGUCAACAGAGUGAGAGGGGGAAGUUGGCUGAAGACUUCUCAUGGUCUCAGGUCUCCUGUAGGAUCUGUAUUGUAUGAUUCUGAAUGGGAAGUGGCAUCACAAAUUAGUGAUAUCCCUUUCAUUGACCAGUCUUAUUUUGGUGAUGAAAUACAUGAUUUCAAAGAGGAACUCAAGUUGUUGGGUGUGAUAGCUGGCUUCACUGAAAAUUACCAAGUUGUAGUUGAUCAUUUAAGAUCACCUUCAAAUCUGGUUCAUUUGUCAGCUGAUGCUGUACUCCUGAUAAUGCAAUGUGUAAGGUCCUUGCAUGCUCCUAGUAAACUCUUGAAUUCACUGAAGGGAACAAUUUUCUUGAAGACCAACCUGGGUUAUAAAAAACCAAGUGAAUGUUUCUGGUAUGACCCUGUGUGGGGCUGCAUCUUUGAGGUUUUUGAUGAUGUUCCUGUGAUUGAUCAUAAGUUCUAUGGUGAGAAGAUUUUCACUUACAAACAUGAAUUGAAGCAAAUAGGGGUGGUUGUUGAUUUUGAAGAUGCUAUUGAUAAGUUUGCUCCUCUUUUCAAACAAAAGGUUUCGAAAAAUUUAUUUAACCCACAGCAUGUCAAGUCAUUUCUCUCUUGUUGCAAGAAGCUCAUGGCAACUGAAUACAAAUUUCCUUCUGAUUUCUCACUCAUUAUACGACAGCAGAAGUGGUUGCAGACAAGGCUUGGUGAUUAUAGGGACCCAAGACAGUGCAUUUUAUAUGGUCCAGAGUGGAAAUCUAUCUCUUCAAUAACUCUUCUCCCUUUCAUUAAUGACAGUGACAAUUGCUAUGGUAUGGGAAUACAUGAGUACAAGGAAGAGCUGAAGAGUUUUGGUGUUGUUACUGAAUUGAAAGGUGGUCUGCAAUUUGUGCCUAAAUAUCUGAAAUUCCCCUCAGACCCCUCCACCAUUACUCCCGAAAGCGUGUUUUCUUUGUUGGAGUGUAUCCGACUUCUAAUGCAAGAGAAGAAGCUAGUCAUUGAAGAUUAUCUCACAAAAAGAUUGUCCAGAAAUUGGUUAAAGACUCAUGCUGGUUAUCUUCCUCCUGAUAAGUGUUUGCUGUUUGGUUCUAAAUGGGAUUUGUACCUGAAGCCAAGUGAUGGUCCAUUCAUUGAUGAGAAUUUUUAUGGACCUAAAAUUGCAUCAUACAGCAAAGAACUCAAUGAAAUAGGAGUUAUUGUUGGAGUAGAGAAAGGAUGCAACUUGGUUGCUAGUCACCUGGACUAUCUCUCUAAUUAUGAAACCAUUGUAAAGAUAUAUCUGUACUUGAACCAACAGAGCUGGAAACCUGAGGAUAAAGCUGCCAAAAAUGUGUGGAUUCCAGAUAGAAUCAAAGGUGGAAAGUGGGUCAAUUCUGAAGAAUGCAUCAUACAUGACCCGGAUAAUCUUUUUGGUUCUAAGUUUCAUGUUCUUGAAGGCAUAUAUGAUAAGAAGAUUCUUCCUUUCUUCUCCUUUGCCAUCGAAGUCAGAAACAAGCCCUCACUUGACGAUUAUGUCGCCCUUUGGAAUGAUUGGGAGAGUUCUGUGGAACAGUUGCCAUUUGACAAGUGCAGCAUGUUCUGGAUGUUUAUCUUGAAGCAUUUGAGCUUACAUCCAGAGAAGAAGCUUUCUGAAAGCUUGAAGAAACUUCCUGCAGCAUCAGGCAACAAUGAAAUAUUUUUAUUGGAUAAAGAGGAUGUUUUUAUUCCUGAUAACCUUCACCUGAAGAAGAUUUUCGAGGAUGAAACGGUUUUCGCUUGGUAUCCUCAGCAGAACCUGGCGCCAUCAUUGAGGUGUAAAUUGUUUGAUAUUUACAGAAAAAUCGGUGUUCGAAAUAUCUCUGAAUCUCUGCAGAAAGAAGAAUCAUCAUUUCUGAAUGAGGUUGAGCUCCAGCAGGUUGAUCCAAAUACUAUUUUCAAUGUGAAGGGACUUGUUACACUUAUUCUUGGUUUUCUUGCUUGCUCUAGCCUACAAAUGGAACCAGGAAAGAGACAUGAAGCUGUUAAAGGUCUUUUAAACCUGAGUUUCCUUGAGACAUUGGAACCAAUCACGGUGAGCUAUAGUUUGUCACUAUCUUCAGGUGACGUGAUUACCAAGAAAGCUAACAGAAUAGUGCGCUGGGAAAGGCAAGGCUCCAAGUUUUUCACCCACAAGAUGAAUGGGCUUUCUGGGAAUUCACUGAAAUAUGCUACUUAUUUCUCUGAAGCAGUAUCCGAGGGUGUUCUGCGUGAGAAUCUUGAACACAUUCCUGAACUCUGUGAGCUCAUCAAGUUGGGUUUUGUGCUGAAAUUUGAGAAAGAAGAAAUUGAAUUUCUGAUGGAGUCCAAGAAUCUGCAGAUUUCAUGUGAGGAUGAGGAGUUCCUAAGUUCUGCAUUCCCAUCUGAAUAAGUCUACUGCAUAGAUCUUAAGCUUUACUUGUUAC